GAUGUCUUUCCUGUCAUCUACAGCCUUCGAGGCCAUAUCCCUAGUGUGGAUGGAGCUUGCCAUGUUCGCUGUCGCCGCGGUGGUCUACGUCGCGGUGGUCGGCUUGCCGCAAGUUGGGCCCAAGAAACGGGCCAAGAAGCCUGGCUAUGAGGAUAGUGCCUCAAAUGAAGCCGAAGAGACCUAUAAGAAAUGGCAGCAGGUGAAGAAAGGUAAAGCCGAGUUGUCUGGUGCCACUGGGCUCUACCUGGUCCUGACCUCCAUGAGACAAUUGAAGAAGUCUCCCAGUGAGAUCGAGAGUGAACUCCGCAGCGGCCUGGACGCUGCCAAGCAUCUCUUGCCUGACCUGGAGGCGCUGCCUGCCACCCUCCUUCGCGAUGAUGCUGUAGACCUGCUUCCACCAGUGCUGCAGGUGUUGCAGGACGUGGGCAAGCGUGCGGAGGUCACCGUGUAUGCGUCCUUGAUGGCGGCGCAGCUGCGUCGAAGAGAUUUCGCAGGAGUGAACUUGACAGCCUCCAAAUUGCCCGAAGAUGUGCUGACGCCAAAGAUGCAUGCGAUCUUGGCCACCACAGCAGCUCACAGGCAGAAGUUAGACGAUGCCUUGCGCUACUUGCAGCUCUUGCCGAGCGAUGCUGGCCGAAUUUUGACUCCCUCCGCGGCUGCACAGAUCAUGAGCUUGGCGCAACGGGAGCAGCGCGCUCCCGAGAUCUUGGAAGAGUUGUUGCGCAUCGGCGUUCAGCCGCAGGAGAAGACUGACAGCAACGCUGAGCUCCAGCGGGCAGUGACCACCAUCAAGGCCUAUGUGAAGAAUAAGGACCUUCCCAGUGCAACGGCCACCUUUAAUCGGCUGAAGAAGAAUGGCGUGGUGAUGCGACCGCAGGUCUACAACUGUUUCCUCGAUGCAUGCGUGCAGUGCAAUGACAUCGAAGCUUCGUUGCUACUCUUCGAGGAGAUGAAACAGCUGGGUUUUGUGGAUGUAGUCAGCUACAACACCCUGUUGAAGGGCUAUUUGGCCGCGGGUCGCAUGACAGAUGCCCGGGACUUGGUACAGCAGAUGUCCUCAAGGGGGUUGAGCGCCAACAAGGUGACCUACAACGAGCUGCUGAACGCCAAGGUGGCGGCCCGCGAUCGCGUGGGCAUGUGGCGCAUCGUGGAGGAAAUGCUCUCGGCCGGCCUGAAGGCGAAUCUCAUCACCUGCUCCAUCUUGCUGAAAUCGCUGACCCAACACUCUGCAGAGAGCGAUCUGGCUCGUGUCUUAAAGCUCAUCAACAGCGUGGAGGAGCCCAUCGAUGAGGUCCUCUUCUCUUCCAUCAUCGAAGCCUGCAUCCGUAUCAAGAAGUUAGAGACACUGUCAGACUUCAUUGAGCAUUACAAGACCAAAGGCCUCUUCAAGAACAUCUCUGCCCCCGUUUAUGGUGCCAUGAUCAAAGCCUUUGGGGAAGCCGGACAUUUGCAUCAGGUUCGUGAGCUUUGGGCCCAACUGCAGCGGCAUAACGUGAAGCCAACAGCCAUCACCAUUGGCUGCGUGGUGGAAGCCUUGGUCAUCAACAAACAGGGCGAGGAAGCAUGGCAGCUGGUGCAGGACCAGUUGCAGUAUCCCGAUCGCAAAAGCAUGAUCAACACGGUGGUAUACUCCACUGUCUUGAAAGGCUUUGCUGUCUCCAAACGUAUUGACAAAGUGCUUGCAGUUUAUAAGGAAAUGCGAAACAACGGCAUCGCGUGCAACACCAUCACCUACAACACCAUGCUGGACGCCUGCGCGAAAUGCGGCUGCAUGGAGAAAGCCAGCAUGUUGCUGGAAGAUAUGCGUGAGACGAGUAUUGACCCCGACAUCAUCACCUAUUCCACCAUCAUCAAGGGCUAUUGCCUGGCAGGUGACGUGGAACGUGCCUUCAGUGUGCUCGAGGAGAUGAAACGGGAUGGGCAUUUUACCCCGGAUGAAAUCAUGUACAACUCCAUCCUCGACGGCUGCACCAAGCAACGGAAUGUCUCUGAAGCCCUACGGGUGCUCGAGGAAAUGAAGGCUUCAGGCAUCAAGCCCAGCAACUAUACCUUGAGCAUUUUGGUGAAGUUGCUCGGUAACGCGCGACGCCUGGGCCAAGCGAUGCAGAUGGUCGAGGACUUGAGUGAACAGCAUGGAUUGAAGCCCAAUAUCCAGGUCUACACCUGUUUGAUCCACGCAUGCUUUCAGAACCGGCGCUUUGAGCGGGCCCUUGGGGUCUAUGAGACCAUGAUCAAAGAGGGCUGCCAUGCCGACGAGAAGUUCUACGCGGUGCUGGCGCGGGGAUGUGUCCAGCUCCACCAGCCUUUGAAGGCCGUGGAGGUCAUCAAAGCGGCCUACCGCUUGCAGAGCAGCCUGCCACAUGGCCCCCGCGUGGUGGGCGUGGAAGGUCUGGAAGAGAUCCUGUUGAAAAUCUCCAAAGAUGAGCCCGCUGCAGCUGAUGCCUUGCGAAGCGAACUCGGUGGCCGUGGAGUUGGAAAGAGCUGGCAUGGUCCAAAAGUGAUGGGUGGCCCCAGCCGACAACGGCGCCGCGAUGCAUAG